AUGUCAGGGGAUCAAAGUGGUCCCUUGGAGUUGAACGGCACCGGGGGUGUUACCCCCGGUGGCGAUGGUGGUAGUAAUGGUGCCCUCGCGGACGGUACCAUGAACGGUGGUACUGCCAGUCCCGGCGGCGGUGGAGGCAGCGAGACUGGCGGCGCCGGUGGUCAGGGCGCUGGAGACGCUGGCUGCUCGGAUGGGCCGCCCAGCAUCGUCGGCGUCGGACCGCCGAGUCCGCUAACCGGGUGCUAUCUGCUGAUCGUCAUCGGUGAGCCACACUCUCAGGACCAUAAGGAUAUCAUUCUGCAGCGGCUGAUUAAAGGUUUCCUAUCAUGGGACGUGUCCGAUUGUCACGUCGAUCUGGAGGAGGAACUGAACACCAUUACGCUGCAGGCCCUGGAAGGAGAGGAAGGCAAGCACGGUGAACGGCUGAUUCAGUACGCGAGCGAAAAUCUGGUCACGGAGAUUCUAAUCCAUCCGCAGAUCAACACCUUCAUCCAGUGUAUACGGAAUCUGCUGAGCAGCUUCACCCGGCAUCGGCACAUCAUUCACACCGGGUACACCUUUGCCGCCAACGGAUCCUGGGUACUGCAGGAUGGCACCUUCUCGGUGGUCGACUUCAUGGAGGCCUUCCAGGAGCACGAAGUCCAGCGGGUUCUGCGCGCCUACCCGGACACCAUCACGAUGGACGUCCACUGCGCUCCGGUCGGCAACUGGGGCGCGAUUCAGGACAAGAGCUUUGCCCGGCUCUGCCGCAUCCGGCUGAAUCCGGUCGAUGUGCUGAGUUCGGGCAGCGACAAACUGAGCGCAUUCGUGGACUACCUAGCGGGGAUGAUCGUACCGACGGAAAUUUCCGAACUGCUGGAAAGCUCCGACGUGGUCGGCAACAUCCGCUUCAGUCAUCCGACGUUGUAUGUCUUUCCCGGCGGGCAAGGAGACGCGGCACUGUUCGGAAUCAAUGGAUUCAAUAUGUUGGUUGACGGCGGUUUCAGCAGAAAAUCUUGCUUCUGGGAUUUUGUGCGCCAUUUGGACCGGCUGGACGCCGUUUUGAUGACCCGUAUCAACAAUACCAACAUCAAAGGUAUUUCGGCGGUUGUCGAGCGCAAAAAUGAAGCUCAUGUCUAUCCUCAAAUUGGGCACUUCUUUUGCAACAUUCCCGAGCGCAAAAGUCUGCUAAGUCCUGAUGGCGAUAAGGAUCGUGACCCGUUGCUAGUGGAUCUGAUCGAAGAAGGUCACCAGAUUGUGACCAACCUAAAAUCGUUGAAUCUAAAAGCACAAAACUGCUACCGAGAUACUGAACCGAUCAAUCUGUACCAUAAGGUCGGCCAUGGCACUCUGGAUAUGUACGUAAUUAGUCCGGCUAAAGACUCGAAAGAAGUAAAGGAAUUCCUCGCCAAGUGGCAUGCUGCUGAGCCGAAACUUUUCACACCAAAGGAGUCCAAAGAAUUUACAUUCCCCAUCCAGAACAUCAUUUCCAUUUGCGCCCUCCUGGUUUGGACACCGGCCAAUCCAGAGGACAACAUUACCAGGAUACUCUUCCCCGGUUCCGCACCGGAAUAUAAAAUCCUCGAAGGGUUGGAAAAAAUGAAAAACGUCGAAUUCAUGCGCCAUCCAUUGUGCACCGUCAAAUCAAUUGCGCCCAGCCUUUCGACGCAAACGAUCACCAAGAAAUCCCUCAAGUCGUCAUCGAUCGACAAGAUCAUGCCCGAGCCAAUCCUUCCGUCCAAGGUACUGAAGCCAUCGGAGAAGGACAACAAGCUGAUCGACAACAAGAUGAAAAUGAUCGACAACAAGCUGGCCGACGCCGCCAAAAGUUCCUCGGAAAUCAUCGACAGCUCCGGCGACGAGGCCAAGCUGGAAAAGCACGUAACAAAAUCAUCGAUGGCCACCUUCGCGGCCGCCAAGGUCGACGCCGGCAAACUCAAAUCAGCCAAAGUCAAAUCACUGGAUUCAGCGAAAAAAAUCGACAACAAACUGAUCGAAUCAAGCAAAAAGAUCGAUUUCGACGAAAAGAAAGACUCAACCUCCGAUGGCGGUUCGGAUAAGGAUGACACAGAAAAGAAGCCCGAAGAGGAUAAAGAAAAGAAGGAAGACGAAUCGGCGGAAACGAAAAAAGAGGAAUCGCCUUCGGCGAAAGAGGAGAACAAAACCGUCAAGAAACCCGGCGAACGGGUGAGCCGACCGGCCACGGCUCGCUCUCGCAUCGACACCAAACCACCACCCAAAGUGACUAAAACUAUCAAGAAGAAAGACGAAACCACCAAAUCUUCUCCGACGACGCCGAAAAAGGUGGUCGAACCCAAGCUAACCAACGGCGUAUCGGAGAAGAAAGACGACGAACCGAAAAAAGCAACUGCACCACCCAAAACGACAAAACCCGUCGCUACCAAGCCGGGAAAAACUAGCCCGAAAAGCACUCCAGCUAAGAGCGCCAAAGACGCCAACAACCGCAAGGUACUCGAAGCCCGACAGCGUCCCCUCGCUAAGGCUCCGGUCAAGAAAGAACCCGCUGCUGCUGCGGAAAAGAAGGAAUCUCCUCCGAAAGUUGAACGCAAACCUAUAUCACGCCGACCUAAGGCGGUUGCUCCGGGUCACCCCGUUGGAGGCAGCCCGGUGAAAGCCAAGAAAGUACUAAAGUCCGAAAAGGAUGCCGUCAUUCGAAAGGCCAAGCUGGACAAGAACGGUACCACCGACUCUAGCCUGGUAUCCACUCCAAGCGCCGAUGAAGCUGGCGUGGCCGUUCAGAAGCGCAUCAUCGACCCAACGGCUUCAGCAAAUGGUUCCGUCGAAGGUGCCCCCGAAGAUCCAAUGCACCAACAACAUUUGGCGGAAUUGAAGGAAGAACAAGAUGCCGUUCGCGAAAUUGAGGCAGUAUUUAAGCGAGAUUCGGAGAAGGCAAAACGUCACGAACUACUUUCGGAACAUCGGGAGAUACAGGACAGUGCAACCGAACCGGAAGAAGAGGAAGAGUACCUCAUCAUUGAGAAGGAAGAACAGUACACGGAGGACUCGAUCAACGAGCCGGAAAGCAGCGCGACUAAGGAGGAGGAAAUUCAAAAGCAUCAACGCGAUUCGGAAGAAUCGGAAAAGCGAAAACGUGACAGCUUGGAUGCGGAGCAGGAGGAGAAAACCGACCUAGCAAAGGCCGAAGGUGAAACAGCAACCGUCAUUGAAGUCGUCGAAGGACAGGACAAGGAAGAAGCUGCCGAAGAAGAUGCAGCAGAAACUAAACCGGAGGACAAGGAAGUCAUCGUAGAAAAGGAAGCUGUCGAGAAGGUGAAGGAAGAACCGGAAGCAGCUGAAAAGUUGUCUCCAAAGCACAAGCAAGAUCUGGAAGAGGAAGUCCAGGACAUCAUCGCGUCCGCGAAAGAGAUUGCCAAAUCUAAAAUGGAAACAUCAAUGGAUGGGCUGAAAACGGAAGAAAUUUCCUCCUUCAGUCCGGACGAAAAAAUCAGCAGCACCAAAAAAACCAGCGACACUCGCGAUGAAAACGAACCGGAACCAGCUCCGAAGGAGCUAAUCGGUGCCCCACAGGAAAGCCAUCACGAGGAACGAGUUUCGGCAACGGGAGAAUCCGGUGCAACUACCACGGCUCCGACAUUGCCGGAGGACGAAAGAAUUCCACUGGAUGAAAUCAAGGAAGAUUUGGUAAUCGAGGAAAAGCACGUCAAGGAGGAAACCAAAGAAGUCGAAGUGGCUCCCCCACUUCCUACCGUUUACGAACCACUGGAGAGGCCAACCCCGGCCAAGAUGCAUUUCAGUGCCCAGCAGGCUCACAUGCGCGAUGUGGUUAAGACACCGGACGAGGUCGCAGACCUCCCGGUGCACGAAGAAGCGGACUUCGAGGAGUACAGCGAGGACAAGGACAAGGAAGCCGAGAAGGAACGCGACACCAAAGACAAAACACCGGCAACGGAAGCGGCGGCACAAAAGAAGCAGACUGAAGCGAAGCAACCGGAAAAGACUGACAAAGUAGUAGUAGAUAAGUCGGCAGAAAGUGAUAAACAAUGUGAUACGGUGAAGGAUGUACAGGAAGAAGUUCAGGAAGUGAUCGAAAAGAUGGAAAUUGACACCAAACUGGACAAGCCGCCGAAACUGGAGACACAAACUUCCCCGGCAAAGGAUAAACUGGACGAAGCAGCCGUGCUGAAGGAUUUGGAAUCGCAAAUAAUUCCAACCGAAAAGGAAGAGGUGAAGGAAAAGGUGGAAUCGGUGGCGACGGCGGCUAAGGAAGCGGAGAAACCAGCGGAACCGGCGGAACCGGCCGAACCCGAAGCACCAGAAGUGGACGACGAAGAGGACAAAAAGUCCGUCCACGAAGAUGUGAUCGUUCCAACUAAGGUCGAGCCAAAAGUACCCGUUCCUGCUGAACCGUCAGUACUUGAUGACAUCUGGCAAGCGCCAGCCAAGGCCGAGGAGAAACUGGAAGAACUGAAGCAUAUCAUUGACGAUAAGGCGAAAGAAACCACUUCCGACCUGGUGGCUCUGAAGGAUGAAAUGGACCAGGAAUUGGUGGAUCGCAAAGAACAAAUAGCGGAAACCGUUAAGACGGAGAUUGCAGAAGCUGAUAAGAAGGUCAAAGAAUCGGUUGCUGAAUUGGGCAAGGAAGCCGAGAAAGUAGCACUUGCAGCAGCUGACGAGGUAGUGAAGGAUGUGGCUGCCAAGAUGGAGGGUGUUGGCGAAGAAUUGCAAUCCAAGGCUCAGCAGGCGGACGAAAAACUUGCCGCCGGUGUAGAGGCAAUUAAAAGCGAUGUGGAACAAGUGGCAGCCAAGGCGGAUCAAGUUUUGGACGCGAUUGCUACCGAGAAGAAGGAACUCGAAACACUGGCCAAAGAAAUUAAGGAGGAAGUUUCGGGAAAACUUGAAGAAACCAAGAAGCAACUGGAUAUUGAGUUGAACAAAGCAGCGGAACAGGUGCAAGAGCAAGCGAAAUCGGGAAUUAGUUCGUUCUUUGGUGGAAUCACCGACGGUAUCAAGGCAGGAAUUGAAAAGAUUGCCGAUAAGGUGGAAACGAAAAUUAAAGAUAAAACCGAACAGGUUGAGGAGAAGUUACAGCAAGUCGGCGACAAAAUCGAUGAGUUGAAGGGCAAGGAAGUGGUUGAAGAAGUUUGUCAGAAGAAGGAGGAAGGUAAGGUAAGAAGUUUCACUCAAGAACUCCGUGAGACUCACAUUACCACGUUGGAUUCCCCGAUCGGGGAUGGAGACAAAACGGUUGAAAUGAAAGCGGCAAUUAAAAUACCGCAAAACAUUGACGAAGAUAAGGAGCUGGAAGAGAUUGAAGAUGCAAAGCAGGCAGCCGCAGCAGGAUCUUUCGUGAUUGAAGAAGUGAAAUAUUCCAAUUUCGAGGAAGCCAACCUGCGUGACAUCAAGGAAGAGGAAGAGGAGGAUCGUGUUUCACCACCACAAAAGGAUGAUAAGAAGCCAGUUUCUCCAAGAUUAGAGCCGCUGAUACAGCCACCCCGAUCGAGAACACCCGAGGACGUUGCGAAGAUAGUGGCCAACGUUGCGGAGGUGCUUAAAUCGGACAAAGAUUUGGAGGAGAUUAUUCCAGGUUUCGACCCGCAGGAGUUGGAGCGUAAGCUAAGUCAAGGCGCUCCUCGUGAAGAAGAUGUCAGUACCGUCCAGCGAAUGCUGGUCACGACUAGCAGUGAGGAUGGCGGCGAAGAAAUCGACAUAUGCCCAGCCGGUACUAUUACUUUCUCGAAGUCGACAACACCAGAGCCAACAAUUUCCGGAAAAGCAACCCCUGAGAUUCGCGUUGACGAAGAAGAAAGUGUACCGGAGAAGAAAGCGGACGAAAAAGCAGACAAACCUCAACUGCCCGAAGUAAAGCCAGCGGAGAAGGCAAGUCCGCCUUCGUCUGGAAAGUCAUCUCCCGAUCUUAAAACGUCACCAACUUCAAUUGAGGAAAAAGAGAAACACGAACUGCCGGAAAAGGUGGUUGCAGAUGUGAAGAAAACACCCGAAAAGGUAGCGGCUGAGCGGAAAGAGUCACUUUCGGAUCAGUUUGACCGUAUUGACGAUUCAAGACGUGAGUCCGCAAUCAGUACGUUUAGCGAGCGUGAUUACACGAAGGACGAAAGCUCUAUCGUUGAUGAAAGAGACUCCUCGCGCGCUCAUUCGAUUUCCAGCCAUAUAAGUGAGCUGAACGAAGAUGAAGCCGAGCCUAAGGCAACCGACGAAAAACAGCAAACGGCCGCUCCUGGCGAUACGGCGAAAGUGGAAACCAAGAAGAGCGAGGAACUGUCUAGUCCGGAAUCCGUCACCAGCCAGAAGACAGUAUCGGAAAAAUCGGUAGCAGAUAAAACCGAAGCACCAGCAAAGGACGUGAAAGCAGAUUCGACGCUGGAUCAAGUUGCUGAAAAAGCUGAACCCGCUAGUAGUGAAAAACCUGCUGAGUCCGAAAAGCAGAAAGAUUCAUCCAGACCUGAGUCUGCAGCUAGUCAUACCAGUGAAAAAGCUCCCUCGGAGAAGUCACCAGCAGCGGAAGCUUCCCGGCCAGAAUCGGCCGCUAGUCAUGUAAGCGAAAAAGCCCCGUCAGAUGGCAAGCAGGAACCGAAGGAAGCCUCCCGGCCAGAGUCGGCAGCAUCGGCUGUCAGCGCCGAGAAACCGGAAGAGAAAUCGAAGACACCGCCACAGGAGUCGAAGGACGUCUCUAGACCGGAGUCUGUUGCGUCGCAUGUUGGUGAGAAAGAACCGGCGUCCGAGAAGCCUGAAACAAAGGAGGCUUCACGACCGGAAUCAGCCGCUUCGCAUGUCAGUGAGAAAGCACCUUCGGAGAAGGUUGAAGCGAAAGAAGCUUCCCGACCGGAGUCAGUCGCUUCGCAUGUCAGUGAGAAAGCAUCACCCGAGAAGGCUGAAACAAAGGAAGCUGCUCGACCGGAGUCAGUGGCGUCUCAUGUUAGUGAGAAAGCGCCUUCGGAGAAGGCAGAAGCAAAAGAAGCUUCUCGACCAGAGUCCGCAGUGUCACAUGUCAGUGAGAAAGCACCUUCGGAGAAGGCCGAGGAAAAGGCAGCUUCUCGGCCGGAGUCAGCCGCGUCGCAUGUCAGUGAGAAAGCACCCUCGGAGAAAGCAGAAGUGAAGGAGGCAUCUAGACCAGAGUCUGCAGCGUCGCACGUCAGCGAGAAAGCAUCGCCCGAGAAGGCCGAGACAAAGGAAGCUUCUCGACCAGAAUCUGCUGCGUCGCACGUCAGCGAGAAAGCGCCUUCGGAGAAGGCUGAACCAAAGGAAGCUUCUCGACCAGAAUCUGCUGCGUCGCACGUCAGCGAGAAAGCGCCUUCGGAGAAGGCUGAACCAAAGGAUGCUUCCCGACCGGAGUCAGCGGCAAGUGAAACAGCCCAACCGGAGAAGCUAGAAGUGAAAGAAACUUCACGACCGGAAUCAGCAACGUCGGCCGUCAGUGACAAAUCUCCUUCUGAUAAAGUUGAAGUUAAAACAGAGGCGAAAGAGGCUUCCCGUCCGGAAUCUGCCGCCUCGCAUGUCAGCGAGAAGGCGACUUCUCAAAAGUCUGAUGAGAAGCCGACCGCAGAUCAGGAGCCUUCCCGAGCAGAAUCCGCGGCAUCACAUGUCAGCGAUAAGCUGGAACCAAAAGUUGAAUCCAAAGAGGAGGCGGAUGCGGCAGAUAUUUCCUCUCGCCCAACUUCUGCGGCGUCACAUGUAAGCGAGAAGGUUCCAUCGGACAAAUCUGGGGAUAAAUCUCCAGCCAAAGAAGCUUCUCGCCCUGAAUCGGUCGCGUCUCAUGUUAGCGAGAAGCUUGAAGCGGAGAAACCAGGCGAGAAAACAGCCACAGACAAGGAAGCUUCCCGGCCAGAAUCUGCUGCAUCUCAUGUGAGUGAAAAGGCUGGGUCCGAAAAACCGGAAGAUAAGUCCCCGGUCAAAGAGGCUUCUCGCCCAGAAUCGGCCGUCUCCCAUGUCAGUGAAAAGCUUGAAGCAGAGAAAGCGGAAGACAAACCAUCUCGACCAGAGUCUGCCGCAUCGCACGUGAGUGAAAAAGACGCUACUCCAAAAUCCGACGACAAACAGGACGCUUCCCGUCCGGAGUCAGCCGCUUCACAUGUGAGUGAGGCCAAACUCGAAGAGAAACGUGAAUCCGUGGCCAGUCUAGCCGAUCAAAAGGCAGUUUCGAAGCCGGCUGCAGAUGAAAAACUAUCUGAACCUCCGAAGGAUGCUUCCAGACCUACAUCCGCUGCCAGUGAUAAGUCGAUGGAGGAAAAACCGAAAACGGAAGAAGUUAAACCAGCCGGGCAAGUGGAAACAGCGUCCGCACCUGAGUCGGCUCCAGCCGCCAGUCAAGAGGAAGGCGACAAAUCAGUCUCAGCUAAAGAUGAAAAGAAAGAAGCCGAUCGACCAGAAUCAGCAGCCAGUAAGGCCAGCGAAGAGAAGCAAGCAUCUCGACCGGAAUCAGCCGCUAGUCAUGUUAGUGACAAAAAGGUUGAAGAAUCUACAAAAGUUAGCCCCGCGGAAGAUAAAUCCGUUGACAAAGCCGAAUCGCGAGCGGAGUCGGUGGCCAGCCAUGUUAGCGAGAAGAGCGACGAAAAGCAACCAAGUGAGAAGGCUGAUGCUGGCAAACCGGAACCAAAAGAGGACGCUAAGGAAACAUCUCGUCCGGAAUCUACCGCCAGUCACGUAAGUGACAAGGAACAACCCAAGGACUCCGAACCGGCUGCCGCUAAAACCGCCGAGGCGGAAACAUCCAGACCUGAAUCGGCUGCCAGCCAUGCAACUGACGCUAGUAAAAAAGACGAAAAAGCUCUCUCUCGGCCGGAGUCCGCAGCGAGCCACGUAAGUGACAAAUCUCCCGAAAUCAAACAAGCCGAGGAAGCUUCCGCUCCGGCGAAGGACGAACCUCCAAAGGAAGCUGCGAAACCUACUGAAAAGACCCCUUCAGCAGCCGAAUCCGAGAAAGCGCCAUCCAGACCGGAGUCAGCGGCCAGUCACAUCAGCACCAAGACUCAGGAGAGCGCCAAGGAUGAGAAGGAAACUUCCCGGCCCGUAUCCGUCGCUAGUCAGAAGAGUGAAAAAAUCCCAUCAGCAGACGCAGAGCCAGCUCAAGCCAUCGUCAACGGUGACUACUCUCGUCCGGAGUCGCCAGCCAGCUGUUCCAGUGACAAAGCCAUUCCGGCGAAAGAACCUGAACCUAAGGUAGCCGAGAAGGAUCUAGCCCGACAGGACUCUACAGCUAGCUAUCACGGGGAACCAAUUCCAGACGAAAAAUCUUUCUCCCGUCCGGAAUCACCAGCCAGUUGCGGCGAGGAUCAGAAAGAAACCGCAGAAGAAGCUGGAAAACCAACGGAAGACACGGCGAAAGAAUCUCAGGAAAGCAAGAAAGACGCACCUGCUGUCCAGGAAGAAAAGCCCAAAGAAGAAGAUAAGGACUUCUCGCGCCCGGAAUCGCCGGCAAGUUGUGGCGAUGCCAAGGACGUCCCCGUUGCAACCACCGAAUCAACCGUUCCGGAGAAGGAUCUAGCUAGGAAAGACUCCAACGCUAGCUAUCACGGUGAAGAAAUUCCCGGUGAGAAGACCUUCUCACGUCCAGACUCGCCCGCGAGUUGCGCGGAAGACGACGCCAAGCCCGCUUCCCCCGAAAAGGAAGCUUCUCGUCCAGAAUCAGCUGCUAGCCAUCCGAGCGAGAAGGAUAAAUCACCCAUUACGACCGAAACCGAUGCCUCCAAGUCACCUGCCGUCGAGGAAAAACCGAAGCACGAUUCACGCCCCGAGUCAGCGGCCAGUCAUGUUUCCGAGAAAUCGGAAGCAAAAGACUCACAAUCUCGACGCGAAUCUGCAACCAAAGAGGACCGACCUACGUCGGCUCUGAGUGACCACGCCGAUGAGGUGGAGGAUAAAAUCGUCCUCAAGGAAUCACGUUCAAAGUCACUUUCGGCCGUGAUGUCCACGCCACAGAAAAUCGGCUUCGAUGGCGGCGCAUUGGGAGUGCUGGAAGAGGUAACCGCAUCACGAGAUGAUCUGCAUGUCCUAAAGACACCUCGCGACAGCAUUACAAAACUCGAAGAUCUAAGACCGACGAAGACGGAAUCUAAACUGGACAAACCUUUGUUUGGACCCGAUCAUUUCCCGGCAGAAGAAAAGGCCGAAGCUAAAGGAUUUCCUUCAACUGGAACAGAAAAAGAAAGCCCAGAUCACAGUGCUCACAUCGUUCCGGAGAUGGAUCAGCUUCUGAAGGAGACUUGCUCUUCGAUGAAAGAGAUCGAAAAGAUGUCCACUUCGGUUAUUUCCAUGAUCAAAACUUCGGAAAAGAAGGAAGAAAGCACUAAAGUGGAUGAGAAAACAAGUUCUUUUCCUCUUUCCGAUAGCGGAAAAUCAACCCCAAUGUCAACGGAUAAAGAUAAAUCCCAAACAUCCAGCAUUAAGUCGGCAAGUCCUCACGAGAAGGACUCCCUUGAGGAAAGUUCGGUUUCUCUCAACACAUUCAUCGAGAAGGAUAGCCUUUCGGAAAGCACCACCAAACAGGUUACAAUCAAAAUGAGCGCUAUCGAAGAAUCGAAUCUAAAGGCCACAACUAGCACCGGAGGCAAAACGGAAAGCGUCGAACUGCUAGGAGGCACCAAAACUCCACCGACGGCACCGAUCAGCCCCAAUGUGGUGAAGGAAGACUUCGCUUUGGGACUUGGACAAAUUGAAAGCACUGUGGCCAGUAGUACCACAAUGACCACCACCAGCGCCACCACCACCACUUCCUCCAGCCAGAUUGCAAAAUCGCACAAGGAAGAUGCGUCUGGUAUUUCAACACCUAAAGAAUCUGUACCAUCUGGCAAGAGCAGCCCUGGAUUAAUGUCCGUUCACACAGGUAGUACAGAUAGUGCGUCCAAGUCAAUCAACCUCGGCCACAGUUCAGGUAUUGAAACAUCAGAUUCAUCUCCGAAGCCAACGUCACCCUUCCCGAAGCUGGUCGACACGCUGAAGACGGAUGACAUCAAAACCAGCUCCGGCAUGAGCACACCGGAUAUGACCCGUACAUCCACACCCGAUAUGGUAGAUUCGCAAAUCGAACGUAUCCCCGACGAUAAAUCAAUGGUCACAACAACGACCACCACCAAAACUACGCGCUACAUCGUAAAAGAUGGGGAAAAGAUCGAAGUUGGCACCUCAGUAAAGACAGAGACUUCAACCGACGCAAAGAAGGAUGACACCAGCAGCGCUGGUGAAUCCCUAUCGACAUCUAGCGUAACCACAACAACCACAACCAAGAUCGUAAAGGAAGCGGUGAAGACCCCAGCAACCCUGACCCUGGCAUCAACCGAAGAUCGCAGCUUGACGGAAGAAUUCGACGACAAAGACGCCCUAUCGCCCCGCUCGGACAUAUCGUCCGGUCAGGCAUCGCGAAUCGUUGCCGGCUGGCACGAUGAGGACGUCCCCGGUUCACCGAUGAGCGUGACCUCGCAGGCUCCACUCUCACCGAGCACGAAGUACACCUACGACUACGAUUUCCAGCACUCGAGCUCGGGUGUGAGCAAAAAGUCGGACAUCGAAAUCGACGACAGUCAGGAUGAAAUCCCCCCGCAGUACGACAGCGAAGAGGUUAAGUCUGCCAUCACGAUUGCUUCUGCCUACAAACCGGAUCCGAUGAGCACCUCCUUCUAUGGUCAACUUCCCGAUGUUUCCGACACGACCAUAACAACGACUUCCGCUACCACCAAAUCGGUACCGAUUCCAAUCACCGCCGGAAAGGCUGGCACGAAAACCUACAUGGAGUAUGCCUCCAGCGGUGACAGCAGCAGUGUGGACUCCAGCCUGCACAAACCAACCAGAGACAGCAAAUACCUGGACGAUGCCGAUCUCGAUUUCGAGAAAACCUUCACCAAAUCGGACCAGAUUGACUUGAUGACCACUUCGAUGCACUUCUCCAGUGAGAAAGAAUUCAUGGCUGCCACCACUACUAUGGCCGCCGCAACAACCGCUCCAACCACAGUUGCCGACAGCAGCAAGAAAGAGCUAGAUUUCACCGCAAGCGGACUUCCCUCUACCGGAAGCACUCAGCAAGCACAAACUACGGUUACAACCACAGCACAGCCAAGCACUACAACUACAACCACAUCCACAACAAGCAGCACCGACCAAUCGCAAUCGGACAAAAACAAAGACAUCCUCGCAUCGUGGGGCAAACCGCUGGGACUGCCGUCGCCGGCCCCGCUGAAUGAUACCGACAUGAAAACAACCCCCAAGAAGGAACGACGAAUGAUCAUCAGCAAGACACGACUGAACAACGAGAAGAACCUUCGCAAGCGGUCGGAAUCACCGAUCAAACCCUCGAAGAAGCCGGCCCCGGUCUAUGUGGACCUGUCGUACGUACCGCACCACGGCAACUCGUACUACGCCAAUGUGGAAUUCUUCAAACGGGUACGGGCCCGCUACUACGUGUUCUCCGGAACGGAACCGAGCCGAGAGGUGUACAACGCCCUGCUGGAGGCGAAGCAAACCUGGGAAGAUAAAGAUUUAGAGGUAACUAUCAUUCCAACCUACGACACCGACGUGCUCGGCUACUGGGUUUCGGAGAACGAGGACCUGCUGGCGAAGUACCACAUCGACCUGUCGCCGUCGGCUGCCCGCUGUACGAUCAAUCUGCAAGACCACGAGACGUCCUGUUCGGCCUACCGGCUCGAAUUCUAG